AUGCAAGAAGUGAAACUGGCCCUCAAACAUGCAAAGAAUGGAAAAACUCAUGGUCCUGAUGGAAUUGCCAAUGAAUUCUUGAAGAACAUGCCCAUCGCUUGGGUGGAAUUUCUGCGGGACCUUCUAAAUAAAACAUGGAUGGAAAAGAAUGUUCCUGAAGACUGGCCUACAGCAGCAGUUUCGAUGCUUUACAAAAAGCAAAAAGGAUCUUACGCGAAGAGCAGGCUAGAUUUCGUAGAUUUCAAACGUGCAUUCGAUAGUGUACCGCACCGUAGACUAUGGAGAACGUUGUUCAUUGCAUAUGUUGCUGACAUGUCCUUCCAGGAACAAAAUACCGUGCAAGGCCUAGACAUUGGGGGAAAAAACCUGAGAACCCUUUUAUAUGCAGACGAUACAAUAAUCUUUGCCCGUUCAUACCAAGAAGCCCAGUUCUGCCUGAGAAUUCUCGCGGAUUACUUCGUUCAAAACAGUUUGACUGUACACACUGGCAAAACAGAGAUCCUGGUCUGCAGAACCAGUGGAAGAAUCAGGAAGUUUGAAAAGGAAGCCUUUUACUACAAGGGCCAACCAGUGAAAACUGUCAAAGAAUACACCUAUCUUGGCACUCCAGUAGACUACGCGAUGCAGGGUGAUGCACCGGUAAAGAGUGCCAUCCAGAGGGCUAAAUCAGCCAUUAGAGCUGCCAGCUCUAUCCUGAGGAGAGCAAGAGCAGACGACGUUGACUACAGAAUCAGGAUCUUUGAUAGCCUGGUAGCCUCAACCCUACUAUAUGGAGUACAAGUCUGGGGACCUGGGAAGCUAGACGCGAUAGAAAAAAUCCAAACCGACUUCUAUAGACAAAUUUUUCUGUUACCUAAUGACAUCCCUGGCUACCUCAUCAGACUCGAGCUGGAUCUCCUCCCCCUAGCAGCCCGAGCCUUAGGACUUAUCUGGGAUUGGACAAUCAAGAUGCUGACGAUGAGUCCCAACCGUUGGCCUCGAAUAUGGCUGGUGGAGGUAAUCAAGUUGGCAAGGAGUCCAGCCUGUAGACCCGAGUACAACUGGGUGGCAAAACUUGAUCAGAUUUUCUCAUCAGUUGGCCUUGAGUCUAUGUUCGACAACACGGACCCUGUCUUCUGGCUAGCACGGAAACACGACUUCCUCGAUGCUAUCUCUGCUCGAUGUAGAAGUGAGGACUUCGAUCGCUACCUAUGCUCCUCUUCAAUCCAAACACAGCACAUCCGAUGUCUCUGA